UCAUCUGCGAGGCCCUCCUCUAGACCUGCUCCAACAGCUCCAUGUUCUUGUGUCAGCUGCCCCACUCAGCUUGGUAUCGACUGCAAAUAUGGUGAGGGUGCACGGUAUCCCACUGUCCAUGUUGCCGAUAGAGACGUCCCGGGAUGGACGCUAGAUGGAGCUUUCCGGACACAGAUUCACGGGAGGAGACUGCCGCUGAUUCAAUCUGGUGGCCCAUCUCGGCGCUGGAGAACGACGCGGGGAAAUCCAAGGAGGGGGAGGAAAAUCAGGAUCCGACGGACCCCGCUCUCAGAUCCCAGGACAGGCUCGUUUUGUACCACUGGACCCAGUCCUUCAGCUCCCAAAAGGUGCGCUUGGUCAUCGCUGAGAAGGGGCUGCCCUGCGAGGAGCGCGAUGUCAGCAUGCCGCUGCUGGAGCACAAGGAGCCCUGGUUCAUGCGGCUCAACCUGGGCGAGGAGGUGCCCGUCAUCAUCCACCGGGACAACAUCAUCAGUGACUACAACCAGAUCAUUGACUACAUGGAGAGGAACUUCACAGGAGAGAAUGUCCCCCAGUUGAUCCCUGAGCCCGGAACCCUGCUGCACUCACGGGUGUUGCAGUAUCGGGAGCUGCUGGACUCGCUGCCCAUGGAUGCCUACACGCAUGGCUGCAUCCUGCAUCCCGAGCUCACCACCGACUCCAUGAUCCCAAAGUACGCGACCGCUGAGAUCCGCAGUAAGUCACCUCUGGGGCAGGGAGCUGGCAGGACUCCUGCCCUGCACCUCCCGCCUGGUAGACUCCAUCUGCAGGCAGCUCCCAUAAUAAACACCGGCUCCCCUGAGAGUUUCCAGCCGAGGACAGGUGGCUCAGAGUACCUCUGUGGGAACAGAGAACCCCAACAGCUACUGAAGGCUCCUUGUGGAAAACAGGGAGUUUCACAAUUUUGUGGCAGUGUAGAGCUCACUGCUGGCUGCACCCUGGUGUCUCCCACACCCACGCUGGCAGAGCCAAGCUCUCGUUGGAAAGAACAAGGAUGGAGACAGAUGGUGCCUGGCAGGAGGAGGUUAGCCCAGCUUCAGGCAAUUUAUCCCAGCCCUAAAGUGUUACUCUGCAUUUUGUAUCCUCUUCUGCCAUUUACCCUGCUCCCUUCCCUCCAUUAGCUCCCUUGAAUGAGGCCCUUCCCAACCUUCUGAUGCCCUGAUGGGGCCAAGGCAAUGAAAUGCUGAAUUUCCCUGCUGGUAAUGCUGGCAGCACAGAUAUGAUUUGCAAAGGCAGCAAACACACCUGAUACAAACCCAAACCUGCCAGCACGGCCACUGCUCCGCUCCCGGCCCAGGCACAGCCACCCUCCUGGCCAGC